AUGAGUGACGAGUACGAGCGUGUGUGUUUGGUGAAGCCAGAGGUGUUCAUCUACAGAAUCCCACCACUGGCCAGUAAUCGAGGACACAAGGCAGCUGACUGGAAUUUGGAUGAACCGAAUUGGGUGGGUCGUAUGCGGUUGGUUGCGAUCGGGAAGCUGUUGGAGAUACGUCUGGAGGACAAGGCAAGUGGAGCGUUGUUUGCGAAGGCACCGAUCGAGUCGUAUCCCGGCAUCUGCAUCGAGCCGGUCAUUGAUUCGUCGCGAUAUUUCGUCGUUAGACUCAAAAACGAUAAUGGACAAACUGCUUUUAUUGGAAUUGGGUUUGGCGAUCGAGGUGAUUCAUUCGACUUGAACGUGGCACUGCAAGAUCACUUCAGAUAUGUGGAGAAAUCGAAUGAAUUGGAGAAAGAGGAUGAGACUGAAUUGAGCAAACCAAAAUUGGAUUUGAGUUUCAAAGAGGGACAAACGAUUCAUCUGAAUCUCGGUAAGAAGAGCUCGACGUCAGCGCCUCGAGCUAGACCCUCGGCAAGUGCGUCUUCAAGUGCGACUGCAGGUGGUUUCCCACUGCUACCACCCCCUCCAUCGAGUUCUUCGUCGAUUUCGCAGAGGGCACGUGUCAGUCCCACUCAACCACCUAGUGCCAAUUGCCAGUCGUCUUCGAAGUUAUUAUUCGGCAUUUAUCUCAGCAGCGAGAUGGCUGGUUCUGCGUCAGUGACUGCGAUUGCGAGGCUGAAGAAGGAUUAUUCAAAACUUCUUAAGGAUCCUGUUCCAUACGUGUUAGCUGCGCCACUGCAUUCGAAUAUUUUAGAGUGGCAUUACGUUAUUGAAGGAGUACCGUCGACACCCUAUGAAGGUGGCUUCUACCAUGGAAAGUUGGUAUUUCCACCAGAUUUCCCGUUCAGACCACCAGCAAUCUAUAUGAUCACACCGUCGGGUCGCUUCCAACCAAACACUCGGCUGUGUUUGUCCAUAUCCGAUUUUCAUCCGGACACCUGGAAUCCCGCAUGGACGGUUUCGACAAUAAUCACAGGUCUCUUAUCGUUUAUGAACGACACAUCGCCGACAUUGGGCAGUAUCGUAUCGAGUGAAGCCGAAAAGCGAUCGUUGGCCAAGAAAUCGAGGGAAUACAAUUUAAAUGAUCGAGUGUUCUGCGAGCUGUUCGAAGAUCUUGCCAACCAGAUUCGAAAGACUUUAGAAGAAGAGAAGAAUCGAGUUUUAUGCGACGACUUGGCCGCGCAGGAUUCGAACUCGUCGAGGAGGUUUGGUGAAGAGAGUGACUAUUCAUCGUUCACCUAUAAUCUAGUGGUGGUGGCCGGUGUUGUGAUGAUAGCGUUUGCCGUUAGAUACGUUGUAAUGACUGCAUCACAGCAAGAUAACUAG